AUGCAGUUCUCGGCCAUCCUCCUCACUCUCGUUUCCGCCGCUACCAGCGCUCUUGCUGUUACUGCAGCCUACGACACCACCUAUGACACUAGCAGUCUCUCCACCCUCGUCCUCGCCUGCUCUGAUGGCGUCAACGGCCUCUACACCAAAGGAUAUCAAACUCUUGGGUCUGUCCCCGGUUUCCCUAAUGUUGGGGCUGUCGAGACCGUUGCAGGGUGGAACUCUGCCAACUGCGGCAAGUGCUAUGAUGUGACCUAUGGCUCUACCACUAUCAAGGUCGUUGCUGUUGACCAUGCGGCUUCUGGAUUUGUCCUUUCAUUGGCAGCUUUGAACACCUUGACUGGUGGACAGGGUGUGGCUUUGGGCAGAGUCGAUGUUACCUAUACGGAGGUUGCUUGUUAA